AUGCAGCGGUGUGGUGGUGGUGGCAGGGAUGAGACGCUGUCCACUGUCUGUCCCCUGCCCUGGCUCCAACAGCCCAACCACCAAAUGGUGCUCGCCACCGCUGCUACAGUACUCGGGCUUCAACGUCAUGCUUACCACCACAAGGCGCCAUGUGUCGUGCCGUCCAUCGACCACAGUCUCGUUCAUGUGGAAAUGUUUGGAUUGUCCGUCGAGUGGUUCUCCACAACUACCAUGUACACGUAUAACGAGGUUGGCGAGCGCGGCGUCGUUCGUCGUGAUGCCGAUCCCCGUCGGUAUAGGGCGGUGCGAAGGUUCAAUCGAUGGGGCCAACUCAAAGCCACCAUGACCAACCCCCGGGAAGAGCAAAGGAAGAAGCGCCGAUCGAUGCAUUUUGGCCGGCGGCAUCGAGGUGUGCUGCAAUAA